AUGUUCCGUCAAGGCAUUCGUCGCUUUGGCACGACGGCCCUCCGUGCCGCUGAGGGGUCGACUGCUUAUUGCAACCGCGUGUCAACGGCGCAAGGCGUCGUCAAUGGCCUGACAGAGGCAAUUGGGAACACCCCUCUAAUUCGCUUAAAGAAGCUGUCGGAGCAGACUGGCUGCAAUAUAUUGGGCAAGGCGGAGUUCCAGAACCCCGGUGGGAGUGUGAAGGACCGAGCUGCUCUGUUCGUGGUCAAGAACGCUGAAGAGAAGGGACUGCUCAAGCCGGGUGGUACGGUGGUUGAGGGCACCGCCGGAAAUACCGGUAUUGGUCUAGCCCAUGUCUGUCGGUCGAAGGGCUACAAGCUGGUCAUUUACAUGCCCAACACUCAGUCACAGGGCAAGAUUGAUCUGCUUCGCCUGCUGGGCGCCGAAGUGUACCCAGUUCCCGCUGUCGCAUUCGAUAACCCGCAAAAUUACAACCACCAGGCGCACAUUGAGACUACCGGCCCUGAAUUGUGGGCCCAGACCGGCGGCAAGAUUGACGCUUUCACUUGCGCUACCGGAACUGGUGGUACCCUGGCUGGUAUUACUCGCUAUCUCAAGGAUACUAGCAAUGGCAAAGUCAAGUGUUUCUUGGCCGACCCGCCGGGCAGUGUUUUGCACAGCUACAUCCAAAGUGGCGGGAAGCUGACCGACCGCUCUGGUGGCAGUAUCACCGAGGGUAUUGGCCAGGGCCGUGUCACAGACAACCUGAAGCCUGAUAUUGACCUACUCGAUGGCUCGCUGAAUAUCAGUGACGAGAAGUCCAUUGAGAUGGUCUACCGCUGCCUGGAUGAAGAAGGCCUGUACCUCGGUGCUAGCUCCGCCCUUAACGUUGUGGCUGCGAAGGAGAUUGCUGAGAAGCUGGGCAAGGGUAACACCGUUGUUACCAUUCUGUGCGAUGGCGCUUACCGUUACGCCGACCGGUUGUUCUCCAACACCUGGCUGGAGAGCAAGAACCUUCGCAGUGCUAUUCCCAAGCACCUGGAGAAGUACAUUGUGCUGCCCUAG